UUCAUUCGAAGAUUAUCGCUGUCGUACGGAACCAACACGGAACCCGUCACCCGUCGACCCGUCGCGUGUCAAUUACUCGGGUUCGAGUUCGUUGAGCAAGAAUAGCGCGGAUAGCGCGUUUGAGGACAACUAAUACUUAUCAACGUAUCGCUAAUAGUGUUUCGCAGCCUCCAAAGUGCUUCUCCUUGUUGUAAUUUAAACAUCGGUACUUGUGUUUGUUUGUGUUUUGUUCAAUUGAAAAGGCUCGGCAGUGGUGGAACUGAGAUAUGGCGAGUCCUCGAACACGUCGAGUACUGGGCGAGCUUAAACCGCGGGACGAGAACAACAAAUGCUUCGAGUGUGGUGCUCACAAUCCUCAAUGGGUAUCGGUAACGUAUGGCAUAUGGAUAUGUCUCGAGUGUUCCGGGAAGCACAGAGGUCUCGGUGUACAUUUGUCGUUCGUCCGUUCGGUAUCGAUGGAUAAGUGGAAAGACCUCGAACUCGAAAAGAUGAAAGUCGGCGGUAAUGGAAAUGCCAGAAAGUUUUUCGACUCCCAGCCGGAUUGGGACGAGACUCAGCCCAUAUCGCAGAGAUACAACACCAAAGCGGCUGCUCUUUACAGGCACAAGAUAGCUACCCUAGCCAAAGGGGAAUCUUGGAAGCCAGAAGAUUGUCCCACUGACAGCUUUUCGAGUAGUCGCUCUUACACAGAGGACAGAGGAUUUACCGAUUAUGGAAAUUCUUAUCAGGCUAAUGACGGUGCUACCAGCCCCUCCUCAUAUGGGAAUAACGAUCCGUCGGCUUACAAAAGUCAGACAGAAGCAUUUUUUGCUAGAAAACAAAAUGAAAAUGCCAGUAGGCCUGAAAAUGUUCCUCCCAACCAGGGUGGAAGGUACGGCGGUUUUGGAUACCAAAUGGAUGCAACCCAGAUGCCAAAGAGUUCGUCUCAGGAAUUCUUUGACUCUGCGGUGUCUUCCUUGGCGAGUGGAUGGUCAAUUUUUUCAUCAUCAGCAUCCAAGAUUGCCAGUAAAGCAACAGAAAAUGCUAUAAAAAUGGGUGGAAUAGCUUCGCAAAAGGUUCGAGACGGCACCCUUUUAGAAGAUGUUGGCGCCCACGUAAAUACCUUAGCAUCCAAGGUUGGUGAUCUAGGCCGACGAGGGUGGGGCGACAUAGCAGGUACGAAUACUUCGACUCACAGUCACAGCCAGUACGACAUCAACGAGCAAUAUCAGAAUUCGUCCUCCAAUGCCUAUCAGAAUAAUAGUUGGCAAAAUUCUUACUCCAACGAAAAGUCGUCGCUAGUCACAACGACGACAACUACGACCAACACCAAUUCCGGUUCUGGUUCCCGGAACGUCGGUGGUGCGGAUAGAACAAGCUCGAGUCGCAAUUCUUCGACACAUGAUUGGGAUUGGGGAAACAAUUCCAAGUCUGAUAGCAACAGUGCGCCAGCUCUAUCGAGCGAGAGUAAAACCGCCGCCGCUGGAGUUAAACGGAGCAAAGACAAGAGCAAAACGGCUCGCAAAGAGGAUACCGGCUCUCUCAUCGAUUUCGAAGUUAAAAAUGAAGCAGCUACGACCUGGAAUUCGAAACUGGAGGACGAUGCGUGGGAGAUAUUGAAGAAUUAACGUUCAUUCGGACUGCGUCGAGCCAAGCAUCUCGCAACGCUGUGUUGCGUCAAACACAGACACAGAACACACUCACACAUAAAUAUUUGUGCUUGCAAUACGAAAGUUGAUGAGAGAAAAACCAUUCUCCCGUCAUCACCCGAUAUUCCGGAUUUUCUUAAGCUUUUAUCGUUGCGAUACCGAAUGCUAGUAUUAAGUAAGAAAUAAAAUUGUGUCGCAUCUUUGCAUGUAAACAUAACCCGGGACGUUUUUCAACGCACAUUUUAUUUUACCGCGCCCGAAAUUUAUCUUGUGAGAUGUAUACAUAGAACAUUUUUCAAGAGCAGGACAAAUAUCUUUCGUUCCUUGCGCGCAAAACCCUAAAUGCAAACUCAACGGAAUUGGACACGUGUACAGAUUCAUCUUAUUAUCCCAUGGUUAGAUUCAUUUAGAGCUACCACGAUGUCAAACGUGUGUCGGCUGUAUGAACGGAGAUCUUUUAUUGUUAAGUGACGAAUAGAUUCAAUUUAAAAAAUUUAAAAUCCUUGUUAUGUAAUAAAAUGAUUAUUAUAUUGAACGGUUAAUUUGAUCUGAUUCUUAGAGAAAUUGUAAAAUACGUCGUUGUUCUUGGAGCUUCUCUGUGCGUGUGCACAUGUGGGCAGAAAGAACGAAAGAGGGAAAGGACCGAAAAAAAAAAUGUUACGCCUAUAACUAGAGAUGGGCUUCGCGUCAGUAGAGCCUCGGGAGCCGAACGAAUUCGUCGUUUUGAUUUUUUAAAAUAAUUCGAAUCGACUGCCAGUCGUUUAAAAGUUGCUACUGAAAAAAUUAAAUCAAGAAAAGUUCAUUUUUUCCAUUCCAACCAUGCAUUUACGUGGAGAACAUUUCAUUCGUUCCAACAUACAACUCAAAAUUCUAAGACAAAUGGAAUGAGAAAAAAUUGAGAAUUCGCAACUCUACUCAUCUCUAAGAACACAGAAUUGUAUUGCCUGCUUAAGGCUGUAAACAUGUAUUACCUGCAAUGACAUAUCUACCUUUGUGGAUUAAAAAAAUGGAUCAUUA